AUGAGCUCGACUGAUAAAAAGACUGCGGAUCUUGUAACAGCAUUCAAGCGGCAAGGUCAUUUUGACGCUCUUCGCAAGGAGCUACUCGCAAACUUCCGUGAAGGGGAUGAUGGCAACGCGUUCCUCGCCCGUAUCAAAGACAUUGUCGAAGCCGAGAUCACCCGAGAUGAAUCCAUCCUGGCGAAAGAUAGGACAAAGGCGACUAACCUGCUUGGUACGGCCGUCGAGAGGACUGAAGCCUACCCCGACUUGAAGAAAAAGACUGAAGAUCGAGUAAUGGGGUCUAAAGAGCUAAGGGAAAGGGUGGAAGGGUUGAUGAGAGCUGUCUUGAAGGAACAAGAGGAAGCGAGGAAACAAGUUGACGAGAAACAGGAGCCCACGACAGAGGUAAAGAUCGAGCAGGCCAGAAAGCCGCAGGAAGCAAAAGAGAAUGGCAUUUACGUGCCUUCAGGCGCGAAGUGA